AUGUCAGAUCAAUCCUCACUACAACUGCCACUGCCGGGGAACCCGCGCAAGCGGAGAAGCACAGGCAAUCUUUCUAGUCAGGCAAAAAAGAUCUUGCCAACUCCGCCGAUGGGCACAUCUCUGUCAGAUGCCAUGCAAGCAGCACCCACCCAGGGGGGUUCCGCUCGCGAAGAUAUCCCCGCCAACAACAUCCUCAGCAUCGACAAUAUAGACAAGAGGGCAGUUGGGAGUAUUUUUGGGCCUUCUUUUUUUUUUUACCCACGACGCAACCAUUGCUGCAUUGGAGUCUAUUGUAACAAGAAGCAGUUCUUGCUCCAUGGAUAUUCCCUAGCCACAAGCCAGUCCAGCAGAUUUUGUCUUGUAGAGAUGAUACGUCACGGCGAUGAUGAAAAAGUACCCUUGGAUUUCAUAGUUUUCAUCUCAGAGCCUGUACUUCAAGAGCGGCUGGAGUAUCUGAAGACUCAUACUUAUUGUCUAAGAAAUGUCCAGUGCGCAUUCUCUGAGAAUAGAGUUGAUGGACCUCUGGCACUACCAUACGCGCUCUGUCUGAUAAAAAUUCUUCGACAAUAUGUAAGGGAGCCGGAGUCAUUGUCUAUGAAGAGAUUGGAUGAUACCAUCGAGUUGCUCUCCACACAAUUGAGAGGGUUACUGUCAACACAUCUGUUAUAUACCUAUCGAGAUCGCGUAAGUCGUGCAUCACUUCUACUUCAACUACCAGUGUUCCGCGAGCGUUCAAACUUGCCAGGAGAUCUCUGGCAACAGAGCACUGUUACAGGUUUCAGCUUGGAUGGCCUAACUGUGACAUUGCUCCUUAGUAAUUAUCACAGUUUCGAAGUGCCUGAGGAGCUUUGGAAUGGGACCAACUCCUUGGCUUUGGGUAUUGCUGAUGCGGCCGUGAUAUUUGGCGUUGGCUAA